AGCUCAAUUGAAUACUCGUAAUGGGAAGUGGGUCUUGCAUCUCUUACAAGAUUUAACUUGGACAAAAUAAAAGUUUGUAAAAUCAAAUAAAUACUAUACACAGUAUUUUUCAUAGAUUUGCUUUCUUCUUAUUUUCUUUUUAGUCUAUGGAAUCAUGAGAAAAAAGAAAUAAAAAUAUUAUUCUUUGACAAUGUCAAUUGCGUUUCUAUUGAUAUAUUAUUUAUUUAUCUUUAAUUUGGAUCCGAAAAUAUAGUAUUGUAAGGUUUUCAUGACUUUUUGAAAUCGUAAAAGUAAUUAAAGAAUUUGACGUAUCUAUUGAGAGUUUUUUCAAGAUGCCUUGUGGUAAAAAGCCUCUUGUGAAAAAAUGGGACAAGCACAAAGAUUUGCGGGUUAUAAACCCGUCCCGCUAUGAACAAAAUGAGGCCUCCGUCAAAGCGCACUGGAAGAAGGUCAUCCGAGAUCUGGAACUGUCCUACAAGGAUGAUAAAUUCUGGGAGAGCCAACGUGACACUGUUCAAGAGCUGGUCGGGCCCGCUAUCUUUGGCAGACUAGCACAGAUGUUUAAGCUCCCCCCUGACGAUAAAUACUACGAACCACAGCCGGAUACUAGUUCUCUUCAGGCGUCGGAAUUAUUCUACGCAAUGGGAUCAUACGAACAACUUCCAAGAAAAGAGUCGAGAUAUUCGGUAAGUGACUAUGCACCUUCAGUGGAAGAACAGUCUGUUGAGGAAGAAGAAUCUGACUGGGGUACGUCAUCAGAAGCAUUAGAAAACCAACCUUCACGAUACAAGUCUAUGACAAAAUCUAAAUCCACUUCGUCAAGACCUUUUACAUCCAAAAUGAAUAUCUCAAGAUUGUCUACAAAUAAAUCUCUUAUAAGGAAAUCAUCUAUAAGAUAUUCAAAAAGGUUUUCAAAUGUACCAUUGUCGGUCGAUUCCCCAGCUUGUACCGAUGAUGAUUUAAUUGUUCAAGAUAGUAAGAAUUACAGAAACGUCGGGAAAUCACUAUUUGGACUGACUGCGAAAAACCCCCACUUUGAAAUGCUGUACUGCAACGAAUCAGAAACCGAUAUGAUCAAGUGGAAUUCAAAGUAUAAGCAGAAAGCCUUUGAAGUAUCGGCUUCCGAUGAAUUCAGCAAAAAAGCUGAGAUAUUAACUAAACAGAUUUCAAAAGAUUUUUAUGACUGGUGGGUAAGUUUAGGCAAUGUGGAGUUUAAGAGCGAAAUCAAGCGCCCUGAAGACAUUGAAGACUUAUUCCAAGUCUUGUUCGAUGAACACGCCUCAAGAGCACUUGUACUAGACCCAAAAAUACUACCUUGUGUAUUGCCGAGUAUUGCGAAAUUUGUUGGCGUACCUAAGGCCUCAUGCUCGAGUGUGCUUAAGAGGCAAAUCGCAUACGACAUUCACGCGGAAACUAGCCCCGCACAUAAAGAAGCCUUCGGCACAUGUCUUCCGCAGAGGAUGAAGCAUAUUCCUCCUAAUAAUGAUACCAAAAAGAUAUGGCAUUCUCUUGUAAUACCUGAAGAUCUUAAGACUAUGUCUGCCGUCUGGGACGAAAUUUCCCAUCUGACGUCCACAAAAUCAUUCCACGCGUGGCUUCAGAAGCGGCCACAUCUUCCAAUGGCUAAGUACUUGAAGUCGUUGGAGACUCCAGGAGACAAAAAGCAAGCUUUUGUGAUACCAUCGGAUUAUGUACUCGCUAAAGAAGGAAGUAGUGUAACUUCUACUCAGGACUUAGCUCUGCCUGUUUCGGAAUUUACUCUUGAACUGAAAGAAGUACUGCAAGAAAUUAUGAACGAUUAAUGCCAUCGUUUGUUCGUAAUUUUGCAUUAAAAUUAUAAUAACUACAAAUCUUUUAUACUUACAUUUUAUAACGUGCAAGUUAUUCGAACAAUGUUUUGAACAAGUAGAGAAAGAAAUCUUGGCAAAAAAAACAGUAUCACCUGAGUCACCUUAUAAACAUGAACAUGCACGUAGGUACCAUAACCAGGCAAGGACAGCUAGUAUACCAUAGGGCACAAGUUUGUCAGGAACGACACGCUCUAGGAUGGGCUGGGACGUUUUCAAUCGUGCGGCCAUGCAAUCAAAAGUUACUUAAUAAAUGAGGGAAGAUCCUUG